AUGGUUCUGUUCGACAACAAAACUCAUGAUGAAGGCAAGAGGGCUGAGCAAGUCAAUAAGCUUCUCUCUCUGGUAGAUGAAAUCAAAAAGAACAACAAUGGACAGUCAUAUACCGAUGACAUGUACAAUGAGAUAAAGCAACAUACCGACAAACUAAGCAAGGAGCUUGAGGAGCUUGAAGCAAAGAAGCAUCCAGCCGAGUUGGAAUCAGAGUUGAAAGAUAAGUUGCAUGCAUCGUUUGAAGAGAGUAUGACCCUUAUGUCUAACGCGGUGGAGAAGAAGCUGAAAGCUGCUGUGCAGGCGCAAGAGAUUCUUUCGCCGGGAACUACACUAAGUUUGCUAGAAGACAUGGUUGAUUAUGCCCGUAGGAAUCCCAUUCCUACUCCACGGAGAAGGACAGGUUGGGAAGGCGUGGGGGACUCUCUCAGUUCUUGCAGCAUCCAGUGA